CAUAGAACAAAAACAUCGAAUGCCCACCCCAACUCACGCCCUGACCAACCUAAAAUAGAAACAUACAAAAGGAACUAAGGUCAGGACGUGACAACUAUGCCCAACGUUUAAAUGUUUGUCAUUUUCCAUUUCAUACCAAGAACCACAAUAGCUAAAUAAAACUGUUCAUGACUUUGAACAACAGAUUUUGUGUCUGAAUAAAAUGUGCAUUUGGACAGUUUGCGUACGCCUAAAGUAUUAUUUAAACCAAGUGUAAUAUCAUCUGCAUGAUUUUUAAAUUCAGAUCCAAAGAUAAUGAAAAUGGGAUCAGGUUGAAAGAAAAGUAAUUUUUUUCCUUGGAAUGGCAAUCAUUUGAACACGUCAAAAUGUUGUUCAGUAUCAUUUCUAACGUUGUAAAUGAUUUAGUAUAUUUGUUUGCUAAGUGCAGUACCCUCAGUUUUGGUAUGUCGGUUAUAGUAAAGGUUUCCCUAUGAAUUGACCCUAUGAUAUCAGAAUUAGAAUGUAUGCUGUGGAUGUAGGCCGGUGUUAGAUUUUAGAGAAUAUGAAACUGCCUAUUUUAGAAGCCAGUGCGUCAUCAUCUAGCUUCAUUUUUGAGUAUUUUACAUUACAUCUCAAUCCUGUCCAAAAUCCUCCUGCGGUGUAAAUAUGAUAAAUUAACAGCUAAUAAACAGGCUUGAUACCUGAUUGAUUAUGGAUAUUCAUUUAUUGAUAUGGCAACAGUUCUUUUCACCUUGUACGUGUACUGUAGAAAAACAAUACAUGUUCAGGAACCAGAGCUCCCCCUAAUGGUACAAUUCUUAGCAGAUUUAGGGGAGUCGUAUUUCACACUAGCAUACUUAAUGCUAAUCUGUAAGGAUUGGGUAGAUAUUCAAUAUGGAAAUAGCUACACCUCUUAACUAGGUGGGAGUUUCACUAUGUCACUAACAUCCAUAUUUCUUCCUUUCAGUGCAUAGAAGGAAGGGGAAUGGGGAGUACCUAGGGGUAGGGGCUAUGGGUUCAUUUGGAAUUAGGCACAAGUCCCCCAUGAUGCCUAAAAUAGAUCAGUCCUUUAGAGCUGUUUUUCUGCACACAGUUCCAUGUAAGCCCUGCUUGGACUGUCUAUGGAGAAGAGGCUUUAUAACUGACCUUGUCUACUCUCACACGGGGAUCGAAGCUGGAUUUUGGAUUUAUGCACGUUUGGGAUGUCAUUGUUAGGGGUCCAAGCAACAUAGUUGCUGUGGACCAAUUGCAUUUCUUUCUUCUUUUGUGUGGCCACCGGUGUGUGGCAUUCAGCUAGUAUUACAGCUGCUGCUGCUGCUGCUGGACUGUUAUCUUAUCAGACAUGUGACUCUGAGCUGCGAUGGAUCAGGGAGAUAAAUUAUGAUAAGUCAUCUCAGACCGUAUGUGAAAGUUGUGGUGCUGUGGAUCAGCGGGUGGUUGAAGUACGCGUUAGAGAGGGUGUGGAGAAUGCCGUUCUCAGUGCCACACACCUGGGUGACAUCACCAGGCAACUCAGGUGAAGGACUGUAUGACAGGUUGUCAAAGGAGUGGCUAACCAAUGAGGUGUAUCGUACCUAUCACCAUGGAAGUGGAACAAUGGUUACAGUCCAGACCAGCACACAUGCCUUCUACGUGAACCUUGGUCGACUGACUGACUGUAGUGAGUACUUCAGAGCCCUGUCCCAGUCCAGUAUGAGAGAGACCACAGAGAGCCUGAUUGUCCUGGAUCACAUUCCCUCCUCAGUCUUCCAUUCCCUCCUAGAAUUCUGCUUCCGGAAUGACUUCAGCGUUCCCCCGGAGGAGUUGGGAGAACACAUCCAAGUGGGCAGCUACCUGCUGGCUGAGGCCUUUGUGUCGCAGUGCCUGUUGGCCCUGUCUGGUGUUCUAACCCCAGACACCUGCCUGUCCUACCUGGCUCUGGCCCGGGACAUCAGCUGUACUGAGAUGGAGACGACUGUGUUCUCCUACCUCAGCAGACACCUUCUGGAGCUGUCUCACCUCACCAGGUGUUUGCCGGCUGAAGACAGGGCUGAACUGACCCGUCUGAGGUGGCAGGGUGAUCUCCGGCUCUGCUGCGUGAGGAAGGAGAACCUGACCUCCUGGAAUGACCUAGAAACAGAAGCCGCCCGCCACCUCUUCACCCUAGAUGGAUCAGAGGUCACUGGUGACUGGCGUCCACUAACAGAGCUCCCCUUCAUGGCUGAUAAGUGGUGCUUCACCACGGUGGUUCUACUCAACUACCUCUACCUCAUCGGUGGCUACAGGCAGCGGGCCAAGAGGGGCUGGGAGUUCAAAAUGGCCUCCUUUAGGUACAACCCCUUCACCAACACCUGGGUCUCCACUGCACCUCUCAUCAAGCACAGGAGGCAUUUCAGUGCGGUGUCAUGUGAUGGCUGUAUCUAUGCUGUGGGAGGCUGGUACUUGGACUCUUUGGUGACUCCGGACUCUAGCACAGCCCUCUACACUGCUGUGGAGCGAUACCACCCCAGGGACAACACAUGGACGUUUGUCUCCUCUCUGCCUCUGACUGACUUACAGUUCACCAUGUCCCUGUCCCAUGACCUCCCUCUGGCCACCAGCCUGGGCUCCCGUCUCUAUGUCCUGGGGAACAUCCAGAGGACUGGAGAAAAGCUGCUUCUACAGUAUGACACCAGGCAAGACUUAUGGUCUGAGCUGCUCCCUACCCUAACCAAAGCCAACGCUGACCUCCCCAGCCUCUACUUCCUGGGUGCCACGGACCGGCUGUUUGUGAUUGGAGGAAACAACUCAGAGAAUGUGGUGACAUCAUUCUGUGUGGAGUCUGGGAAGUGGGGGCAGGUGAAAGGGGCUGAGAAGGUAGCAUUAGCUGGACAAGGGACAGUACUGGGUGACCAGGUGUACAUGCCAGGUAUAGAACACAACGCUGCUGUAAGGCUGGAUCUCCACUCCCUAUCUCUCACUGUCCUCCCUCCUCUACCCAUCUGCAUUCGCUAUGAAGCCCUCCUUCACCUUUCCUUCUAAAACAACUUUCAUCAAUUAGUCUGAUUUGACUUGCCUUGCUGUUUCUGGGGUUUAGGUCAGGGUUUUUUGUUUAGUGCUUCUGGACAAACGCAGACUCAUCAUCAAGGGGGUCUUUGCUACAUGUGGACUUCACCAUUCUGUGUCAGCAACAAUAUGCCUUGUCCUGCUUUCACUCUGCCUUACAUGACAACUUUAUUAACUUAAGUAGGCCUAAUCUACAGGAUCUACUCACCGGACCGAUUGUCCUCCGGCUUGUGUUCAGUUUGCAAAUUACAGCCAAGACUGUUCAGAGGUGCUAAGUACUCUCGCCAGCAGAUGCUAGACAAUCCUACCGGUCUGGUCGUCUCUUAAAUCUUUACCCGGAGGAGGAUGGGCUCCCAAUCUCAUUUUCUUCUUAGUCAGGUUCCUUUUAAAGGUUUCCUAGGGAGUUUUCCCCAGUAACCACGUUUCCUUCCAGUUUUUAUGUGAGUGAAGUUAUACCAUAUAAAUUAAAAAAAUCACGAGAGCUGUGGUGGAAACAGGAAGUUUUGGUACAAUUGUAUAAAUGCCGACAGAUCAUUUGUGCGUUCGACGUGGUGGGAUCUUUUUGUGUUGGUAAGAUUCAUUAUGGCGUUGCAGUGGAAACAACUUAAUGCACAAGUAUUGAUAUAUUAUAACAAUAUCGAAGGUAACCUGGAGGCACGUGUGAUGAUAUGGUGUGUGGUCCUACUACUAAGACUCGGGAAAUCAUGCAGUUUAUUAGGAUGCAGAUGAAAUAAGUUAUGAUGAAUUUCACAACAGUGUGCGGUGAUGAGUUUGAUGCGCCUUUCCAAUAAAUGUUGAGUGUGACAUGAUGAUUGAUGCUUGACUGCCAUUUGACAAAUAAAGAUAUUCGGUCUCUUAUCCA